CCCGGAAGUCCGGUUAUGGCGUCUCUUCGCGAAGCUACCCUGCGGAAACUGAGGAGAUUUUCGGAGCUGAGAGGCAAACCUGUGGCAGCAGGAGAAUUCUGGGAUGUAGUUGCAAUAACAGCAGCAGAUGAGAAGCAGGAGCGUGCUUAUCAGCAGCAGUUGUCAGAGAAGCUGAAGAGAAAGGAGCUGCCCCUUGGAGUUCAGUAUCAUGUUUUUGCUGAUCCUGCUGGAACCAAAAUUGGAAAUGGAGGAUCAACACUUUGUUCCCUUCAGUGUCUGGAAAGACUCUACGGAGAUAAAUGGAAUUCUCUCAUGGUCCUGUUAAUCCACUCUGGUGGCUACAGUCAGCGCCUUCCCAACGCAAGUGCUUUAGGAAAAGUCUUCACAGCCUUCCCACUUGGUGAGCCUGUUUAUCAGAUGCUGGAGUUGAAGCUAGCCAUGUACAUGGACUUCCCCUCACACAUGAGGCCUGGAGUUCUGGUCACCUGUGCAGAUGAUAUCGAACUCUACAGUGUUGGGGACUCUGAGUACAUUGCAUUUGACCAACCUGGCUUUACUGCCUUAGCCCAUCCUUCUAGUCUGGCUGUAGGUACCACACAUGGAGUAUUUGUCUUGGAGUCGGCCAGUUCCUUACAACACGGUGACCUUGAGUACAGGCAAUGCCACCGUUUCCUCCAUAAGCCCAGCGUUGAAAACAUGUAUCGCUUUAAUGCCGUGCAUAGACAAGGAAGCUUCACUCAACAGGAUUUGCCCGGGGAUGACCAUGCCUGUCUGCCAUUGCACAUGGAGUAUGUCUACACUGACAGCCUGUUUUACAUGGAUCAUAAAACAUCCAAAAUGCUACUUGAGUUUUAUGAAAAUGUAGGCCCACUGAACUGUGAAAUAGACGCCUAUGGCGACUUCCUGCAGGCCCUGGGGCCAGGAGCGACGGCAGAGUACAUCAGGAACACAUCCCAUGUCACUAAAGAAGAGUCGCAGUUGUUGGACAUUAGGCAGAAAAUAUUCCACCUCCUGAAGGGAACACCCCUGAGCGUUGUUGUUCUUAAUAACUCCAGGUUUUAUCACAUUGGGACAACGGAAGAAUAUCUGCUUCAUUUCACUUCCCACAGUACGUUAAAGUCAGAACUGGGCUUACAGUGCAGAGCGUUCAGUGUCCUUCCAGAUGUUCCUCGGUGCUCCAGUGAGACAGCCUGUGUCAUUCACAGUAUUCUGGAUUCAGGGUGCUGCGUGGGCCCUGGUUCAGUUGUAGAGUAUUGCAGACUGGGGCCUGAGGUGUCCAUUGGGGAAAACUGUAUUAUCAGCGGUUCUGUCAUAGCAAAAACUGCCCUGCCAGCGUAUUCUUUCGUUUGUUCUUUAAGCAUGAAGAUAAACGGGCACUUAAAAUAUUCAACCAUGGUAUUUGGCAUACAAGACAAUUUGAAACACAGUGUUAAAACCCUGGCAGAUGUAAAGGCACUCCAGUUCUUCGGAAUCUGUUUCCUCUCAUGUUUAGACAUUUGGAACCUUGAAGCUACAGAGGAACUGUUCUCAGGAAGUAAGGUGCCUCUGAGCCUGUGGACUGCUCGGAUUUUCCCUAUCUGUUCAUCUCUGAAUGAGUCAGUGACAGCAUCCCUUGGGAUGUUAGGUGCUGUGAGGAGCCGUUCGCCGUUCAGCCUGAGCCACUUUAAGCUGCUGUCCAUCCAGGAAAUGCUUGCCUACAAAGAUGUGCAAGACAUGCUAGCUUAUAGGGAGAGGAUGUUUCUAGAAAUCAGUUCAAAUAAAAAACAAUCUGAUUUAGAGAAAUCUUAAUUAUAAUAUAUUUUGCCAAUAGGCCUCUGAC